AUGGAAUCAACGCAGGCAAAAAUGAACUUUGGAAAAUCUCUGUUAGUUCCAAGUGUUCAAGAGCUUGCCAAACAGCACCUAACCAAUAUUCCGGACAGGUAUCUCCACCCAGAGCAAGAAUCUCCGGUCAUAUCCACCGGAGCGUCGGUUCCUGUUAUCGAUAUUCAAAAGUUGAUUUCAGGGGAUGCCAUGGAUUCUGAGCUGCAAAAACUACACUCUGCUUGCCAACAAUGGGGUUUUUUACAGGUUAUAAACCAUGGAGUGACACCUUCGUUACUGGAGGACUUCAAGAGUGAGGUUAUUGAAUUGUUCAAACUUCCAAUGGAAGAAAAGAAGAAACUAUGGCAACAAGAAGACAACUUUGAAGGUUUUGGGAGUAUAUUCGUUGUAUCGGAGGAGCAGAAGCUUGAUUGGGGUGACAUGUUUGUCAUAGCAACUCUUCCUCCUUGUAUCCGCAAAAUCGACUUGUUUCCCAAGUUGCCUUCAAAGCUCAGCUUAUAG